CGGGGCAUGUCUGGUAACUUCCCAGCGGCGUUUAGCAGAAGGUGGAUCCGGAGCCUUGGCCCCGCGCUGUGUCCCGUUGUUGGCGGUGAUGUGUGUGAAGUGCCAGACUGGACUGCCUCAAUGGAUUACAGCAUGCAGUGGAUUAAUACAAUCAACCUUGCCCCAAGCACAGUGGGACAGAAUGCUCUAUGGCACUCUUCAGCAGAGGCAUGAGACUGGCCGACCCCAGUUGAAUAAAGUGUGUGGUGGAUUGAUACAAACCAGUGGUGCAAUAACACAGCAAAAGAGAAUGCUUCAGAGCACUGAUCAGUUUCUUGCUGCAAAAGAUUCCCUGCAGCCAUCUGAAGAGAAAGUGGGUGCCUUCACAAAGAUAAUAGAAGCAAUGGGAUUCACUGGACCACUGAAAUAUAACAAAUGGAAGAUUAAGAUAGCGGCUCUGCGUAUGUACACUUGCUGUGUGGAGAAAACUGACUACGAGGAAUUCUUUCACAGGUGCCAUAUGCCUGAUACAUUGAACUCUUGGUUUCUAAUAGCACAACUUCAUGUCUGGAUGUGUCUGGUACGAAUGAAACAGGAGGGUCGAGCUGGAAAAUACAUGUGUCGCUAUAUAGUUCAUUCUAUGUGGGAAGACGUUGAACAGCGUGGUAAGGUGAUGGGGAUUGAUUCUUUUACUCUAAAACAAAGUAUGAGAAGCAUGACAGAAAAUUUCUAUGCAGCUAUAUUUGGAUAUGAUGAGGGGAUUUUGUCUGAUGACCGCGUACUGGCAGCUGCCCUUUGGAGAAACCUUUUCAACAAGCACUGUGAGGACCCCAGGCAGCUGGAACUGCUAGUGGAGUAUGUGCGCAAGCAGAUUGUCGCACUUUUUUGGACCCAUUUUACAAGAAAUCUGAAACCCUCUGGGCUUUACUACACAUACAGCUGCGCAAAUGAGAAAACAGAUUUUAAAACAUUAUUUGUACUUAAAAAAAAAUGAAAAUCUGUAAAUGAUAGUAUGGCACACCAAAACAGACGUUUCCACAUUUCACCAAUUCACCAGACGUGAUUUGCCGACACAUGUUUCACACUGGCAGGGUGGAGAACCAUAAGGACAGAAAGCACAGCAGGCAGAACUGCUGCUGUAGCUGCUCCUGUUGUCCCUAAUCUGCAGAAGUCCAUGAAACGUGCCAGCAUCUUUUCA